AGAUAGCGUGGAUGUUCAGUGUGCAUCUCGCAAAAUGGACCUGGUAGUUAUGAUAGAUGGCACUAUAUCGAUAGGCUACGAACCGUUUGCCGAACAACGAGAUUUCGUGCUCUCGAUAUUAUCCAAAAUGAAAUUUGGUCUCCAAGCUACACAACUUUGCAUCAUUCAGUUCAGCGAUAAAUUCUACACUGCUGUUGAGAUGGAAAUGGGAGAACAUGGCGGACGGGCGGAAGUGUUAAGGAAUGUAUCAAAUAUUAAGUAUCAACAAGGUAGACGAACCAUGACUGGCUUGGCAAUGGUUUUGGCUAACGAACAGGUAAUACUGAUUCAACAUGUUUAGGCUAAUCACCACAGUACAAACACCGCCGUUACCAUUUCAUCAGUUGGCAUAAUCAGUAUAAUUUCUUUCACAUUAACCAUUAUUAUUAUAUGCAAGCAUCACUUCCGGUAAAAUCACGGACUGUGAUUGGUUGAGAAGCACUUUCAGCGGUCCAUUAUUUUCCAAAACAGCAAAGCUAAUUGAAAAUUUGAAAAUUAUAAUUUAAUUUCUUAUUUAUUUUUUAAUAAGUUACCUGCGAAUGGUUUUUAGUGGAAAAGAAGGAAUGCAUUUGUAUUUUUUAUUUUUUUGUUUUCUUCGACCAAAUGUUUACCACACUACUAAUAUGCAUAUAAAAUCAUACACUUCAUGUUUGUUUCAAGUAUAAAUGUCUAUAAAUGCCAUAUAAUAAACUUAUUAACCGGCCUCGCUUGCUCGGUAUGUACAGAGAAAUAUCUAACCUCCAUUCCUGGCAAUAACUAAUGAAACAUCCAGUAUGAUUUAAUCUAUUCUUUCCCCCUUCCCCCCUUACAGUGUUGAUUAAGAUGAGUAAGAAAUCUACACACAGUGCUCCCUGCCAUCGAUGAACAAUUAAACACAAUUUUUUAGACUCUACAGCCAACAUUGUUCAGGGGGGGAGAGGAUUUUGUCUAUUUUAUUGAUUUUUUUAUUGUUUCAUUUACUUUUUGCCAAGAUUGUCGGUCCUUUUGUACAAACCUUGCUCUACACGGGCUCGGUCUGUACAAAAAAGACCUCGGUCGAAUAUAUUUCUGUACAGACCUCGCGUUUGGUUAAUAUGAAGCUAUUAUUACCGGCGUUAUGCACCAUCGUUCGUCAUCAUACAUCAACGCCACCAUCAAAAUCAAUCAUAACAUUACCAUCGGGACUAAAAUCACCAUGACACUAUCACCAUCAACAAUCGCAAAUAAAACCAGAACCAUCAACCAGAACCAUCAUCCAAAAUCUUAUCAUUGUCACCAUUAUGAUCAUUUAAACCGCUAUCAUAACUAUGACGAAAACCAUGACAUUUAUUAUUUAAAAUAUCGCUAAUAAGACAAUCACCAACUACAGACGACUCCCACUUUCUAAAAGAAAUCCUUAAGAGUUUUUCUAAAUUAUAGAGCUUUGAGAGGAGAUCUUGAUUUGGCAAAUCGCAAAUGUGACUGAGCAGUCUAUAUGUAACAAAUAUAAAACAUUUUCAGUGUUGAUAUACAGUUAUAUACUCGAGUGGGAAUUCGGAAAAUGAGAAAUUGUGUGGAAACACGACGCCCGAAGGGCGGAGUGUUUUCACACAAUUUCGAAUUUUUCCAAUUUCCAUCAGUGUUGAUAGAACUGUAUAUCAAUAUGGAAAAAAUGUUUUAUAUUUGUUUUAUAAUAUAUAGCACAAGGAAAUAUAAAGAAAUAAAUUUCCCGUGUUGACAAUCUCUAAGCCAAUCAGCGUUCAGAAUUUACAAAUGCUUAUAUUUUAAUAUAUAUUAUCACAUACUUGUGCUUUUAUCAGGGCGAUAAUAGGGUGAUAUUAACAUUAUUCAUUCGUCCCCCAAGCGAUAGAACUGAUAUAUGAUAACCUAUAUACAUAUACUGUAGCUGACUAGGAAAUUAAUUAAACAUUGUUGCGGAAACAUUGUUUCCUGCCAAUGUUUCGCCAUGUUUCCCAGAGUGGAAAACACUGGAAAACAUUAGUGAGAAACAUAGGUAUACCUUCUCCCCGAGCCAACGGUGGGGAGAGCCGUUCCGGGCGUAAGCCCGGGGCGAGGGUACUAAUUCCCCCCGGCUAUCUACACCCGGGGAAGCGAAAGCAUUAGCGAAGUCUAAAGUUCAAGAAUGAUCGCGGGCGUGGGUCACCAACGAAGUUUCGUUGGGUGGUCUUGGGUGGUCAUCCUCACUGAUCUCAAAAAUAUGGCGGACUGUCAUGAAUAGCGGACACUGAUUGGUCAAAUUUAAAGUUUGCAUUAUAACGACUGCAUGACGACAGCGAAAUAGCAAACAUUUCUUGAUUUUAUGAUUGAUGAAUGAUAAUCUCUUGCAAAUAUAUUUCAUUUUUGCAAGAUUUGUGAAUUUCAAAAGCUUUUUAAGAAAAUAAAGGCGAAAGAAUUACUAAAAAAAGGGAGUAAAAGCACCGACGUUAACGAAGGUAGGUUUGUUUUAAAUAUUGAUGUAUAUAUUGUUCGCUUUAUAACGGCUUCGAAGCUGAUCGUUGCGUAUACUUUAAAUGAAAAAGACAGCAUAUAAUUUCAGUGUUUCUUUAUUGAUUAACAUUUUUUAUUAAUGGGCGAAUUUGAAAUCAUUAUUUUGUUUCAAACUCAAAGUUUUUCGUAAAGCAGGCAGUUUAGUUUUAUAAAGAACAUUUUAAAACGUCUUGCGAAGCGUUUGAGGUUGAAUUUUACGUACUAUAUAAUAACAUACUUAACAUAUAUAUGUUUGGGGAAUUGAAAAUUUUGUAAUUAAAAGUGAUAUUUUUAAGGGAUUUUUCAUUUGUAAAAAUAUUCUUAAUAAAAUUAUCGUGUUACCAUGACAACUACUUUAAAUACUUCAUGUUCGGAAAAUACAAUGGUUUUGUCAGCAAGGCGAGGGGUUUCUGCAUGCAUGUAUUUUCUAGUAUAAACAUCAAAUGUUUCUGAAUUCGCUAUAGGAAACAUUUUUGUUUCUCGGGAAGCAAAUUUUGUUUCCGCAGCAAUGUUUCCAUGGGUGGGCAAACAGAGAAACAUUUGAGGAAACAUCGAGCAUCACAAAUGUAUCCACAACAAUGUUUCCUAGUUUGCCCAGGACUUUAAAUCAAAAGCACAUGCUCUCUCAAACCGAACAUAGCCAAAAACAGCCAAUAUAGCAUGACAAAAUAUAAUUCGCUACAGUCUUGGCAUUACUACUUUUUAAAAUGGGCAGUUCUAACUUUUGAAGGUGACUUCUGCAUCACGCAAAGCCCAUUGCUGCCAUAAAAUUCACAAGCAUAAGACCACUAGAUCACGCCUAGCUAUCACCAAUUAAUUUACGUUGUAUGUACGUCUACUUUCAGCUUUUUGGCAAAAUCAAGGCUCGCCCUGAGGUUGACAGGGUCAUACUUUUAAUAACCGAUGGAAAACCAGCUGACAUGAAUCUGUUACAAAACGUUGUAAAAGAGCUCAAAGAAAAGCACGUGAAAAUUAUUAGUGUUGCGAUCGGAACAAGUUAUAAUUACAUACAACGAUUCAGAUACAUAGUGAGAUCCAUUGCAAGUGGUUUUAAACAAGCUUUCAAAGUGGAAAAGGAUAACAUGAAAUCUAUUGAAGAAGAUGUUGCAAAGGAAGUCUGCAGGACCGUACAACCACCAGCACCUCCUAAAGGUAAACCAAAAUGUAAGUACUGAAUAUUAAAUACGGUUUAAUCAGCAAAUCAGACUCAUAAAAACUACCAAAACGACCGUACAAGACAUUCAAUUUUAAAUAUUUGAACCGAUUGAUUUAUAAAACAAUUUUCUUUAAAGUACAACAGAAAUGCUUCCAAGAAAAGAAAGAUAUUCUCUUUGCACUUGAUGGAUCGAGAACUGUCAACACUUAUACAUUCAACAAAGCAAAGUCGUUUGUCGCUCAGAUAUGUGCAGAAUUGGACAUCACUCCAACCUUAAUUCAUGUCGGUAUGCUUCAAUAUAGUGAUGCGCUUAACACCAGGAUUGAGUUUGGUUUGGACCAAUAUACCAAAUAUCAUCAAAUCAACGAGUCUCUACAGAAUGUUUUUCAUUCCAAGGGAAGUAGAGCGGAUUUGGAAACUGCUCUGAGUAUUAUUGGUAAACAGGUAAGAACUACGGCACUCAGUUCCUUAAAAUGAUAUCAAAUGAAACGGUUAUUAUGUUUAACUUACAGAUAAUUCAAAAAAAGUUGUCCUUCAAAAAUCUUAAACCUUAAACAUUAAGCGCGCAAAGUAUGAUGGGUAACUUUCUAUUUAGAGUUUUAAACUCGGAAGAUUUGUUUUGACAACAAUGCUGGGGCAUAAAUAAUGAACACUUUCGUUGUAGGGCUAUUUAGUCGUAGGGCUCCAAAUAAGCAAUAUCCAAAUAAGCAACACUUGCGUUGUAGAGCUCCAAAUAAGCAAUAUCCAUCAUACCUUGCGCGCUCAAUGUUUAAGGUUUAAGAUUCUUGAAGAACAACUCUUAUAUAUACUGUACGUAAUUGACUGAUUUGUGGUCACGUGAAUAAAUGUGAUGUAUCUCGCCGGGUAACAAGUGAAAAAUUCUUGUUCGAUCCGACCGGCUACGUUGGUAAAAGCUCAAAAGUUUUAUACACCCUUUUCAUGAAUGGCUGCCGAUUAAAAAAAUUUUAUGUGCAUAUAAAUUGGCCCAACUAGCCUCGUUUCUGGGUAGAAAUUCCUUUGAAACCUUAACAUGAGUACGAGGCUAGUUGGGCCAAUUUAUAUGCACAUAAAAGAAUUUUUAAUCGGCAGCCAUUUAUGAAAAGGGUGUAUACAAAGAAAGUUUUUCUAGUUCACGAAAAUAAUACAGUAUCUGUAACAGAGAAGAAAAAUUCUCGACAGGAAAUGCCGCUGAAACACUUUUUAGCAAGUUAUUUUAUUGUUAUUAAAAAAUGAGACCUUUAGAAAUCAAGCUGUUGUUGGAAUUCGAAUGCAUCGCACUAUGCUGAAACCUUGGGUGCGUAAAACAGACAGAAGUUAAUAGAUGAUUCCCCUUAUUACGUUUUCGUAGCGCUUUGCAUUGUAGUUAUAGUGGUAUCACUGAUAAAGAUAGCGGCCUCGAAUGAAAAUAUUGAAUGUUUUCGCGAAUAUUUUGCUCGGUUGGCUAUCGUGAACCUGAUCCUAGCUUUUUUAAAAGUUCUUGCGCGGGUCGGGACAAAAAAUAAGCCAUCUUGAAUAUCAGUGAUACCACUAUAACCACAAUGCAAAGCGCUACGAAAACGUAAUAAGGGGAAUCAUCUAUUUUAUGCAUGAUGAAGUUAUUUAAAGCUUUAAUUUUGUUUGAUGAUUUUUAUGAAGUUAUGCUCCUUCAUACGAUUAGAAGCUAUUCUCUAUUUCCAGGAGCAUAAAAUUUUGUGCUUAAUUUUCUGAAGGUAUCGUCGGCCCGAUCGAGCAAGCGCCUUUCAGCUCUGAAUUUGUGGGUUCGAUUCUCGCUACGGCCUCAUGCAUGGGAUGAAAGCCGUGGUAUGGGAAAGUAUUUGCCUGAGGAUUUCGUACAGAUGUGCGGAUAAACCGAAGGCAAAUACUUUCCCGUACAGACCGAGCAAACCGAGGUUAAUAAACCGUUUAUUAUAUGGCUCCUUAAACACAUUUUCUGAUUUUCAUAUAUUUGUUUGAGCGCGCUAUAAAGGUAUUUUUGAGCUAUGUUUUAUUUUCUAGUUUAGAUUUGGUUUCGUUACCGAAUAUUGUUUACGGAAAAGCAUGCUUAUAAACCCAGUUUAUAUGAUAUUUGUUUAGAAUAUGGUAUUAAAGACGUUAAAUUCAUCUUUAUUUAUUUUUUUAAACAAGUAAACAAAUAAAAAUAUUUUCCCGCCAAAACUUACGGUUGCCAGUAAGAGUUCAAACGGCUUGAUUUCUUAGCUUUUUCGAUUAAAUUUGUGUUGGUACAAGUACUUAUUAAUAUUUCCAAGACUUCUUAUUCUUAAAAAUGAUCCAAGGAUACUUUUUCUUCACAUAACGACCUUAUAAACGUGUAAAAACGUUUCGAGCCUGUCAAAUUGACAUACGGGAAACCGGUCCGGAUACGGGAAAAUACGGACCACGGUACGGAUACGUAUAUUUUUACUAUGAUUUUUACCGACCGCACGUCGACCAAUCAGAAUCCAGGAUUCUGUAAAGCCAUAUAAUACUUGAUGUUAUUAAGCGCAUUUGACUCGCGUGUAAUUUUGCGCUAAAGAAAUGCUAAUCUGUCUAAAAAAAUGAUGACUCUACAGGGUGUAUAAAAAAAAGGAGACCUUUAGAAAUCAACCAUAUUGUUAAAAUUUGAACUGAUGCCUUUCAAUUGCAAUAUGCUAAACCGUAGUGCGUGAAAUAUUGAUGGAGUACAUAUAUUAGUAAAAGGAGACCUGUAUAAAAAUGACCCUUUUGUUUACAACACCCAAACUUUAUUACCUCUGGGAGUUUAGAAUGCAUUGUAGGGCCUAAUUUUAGAAGCAUGUUAAGGUAAUUCCGCAGUUUUGCAUUGCGCACUUUUACUGCGCACAUCUUAUAACUUAUAAUUUCAUCCAUUAUACGUAUCGUUUAAAAAAAAAGAUCAUUUUAUGUACUGUUUAAUAAACGAGUAGGAGUGUUUUAUCACAUAUAAAACACGACGCGUAGCGGAGUGUUUUAUAUGUGAUAAAACACGAACUACGAGUUUAUUAAACAGCUUCAAAAACGUCUCAGUUAGAUCACGGCAUUGGCGAAAUAAUUUUCCAAAAUAACUUUGUAUUAGCUGAGAAAAUACAAGUUGAAAUUUGAAGCGUGUUUUAUCACAUAUAAAGACACGCCACGCUUAUAAUUUCUCUUUGUGUUUUCCUCAUGAAUUGUUAAUGAGUUUUUGAAGACAAGUCAAGAUGGCGUCAUAUUGGGGCAAAGGUGGUAUAUUGUGAUUAUCAUAUCUUCUUGACGAGUUCGAUGACCCCGACUUUUUUGUGUGAUUUUACUUUAAGUAUAUCAUAAACUCCAUGCCUGGGAAGUUUCAGCACAUUCUCAUUUCCGGAACAAUUACUGCGGAAUUACCUUAAAACUGCAUAAACUGUACAUGAAAGUCUAAUUAGAAUGAAUGUUAAAACAAGUUUUUACUGUUUUACUGUUUUACGCGCGGUCUUAAAGAGGCUGUCAAGUCCUUCUGUUUUAAAGUGCUACUGCAGCGAAUUUUUCGACCCUCAUUUUUUUAGCUUAAUUAAAAGUACUUUCCUUCCUGACCUGUUUACCACAAACAGAAUUGAAAUUGGUCAAUUCAAACAGAUUUUAUAGUCUUCCAAAGUGGCCAUUUUUGGCACUUCCUGUGCGAAAUUUUGGUCGGCCAUGUUGAUGUCAUGUGACGUCAUAAGAUGAACACGAUUUCAUCAUGGCAUAUUAAAAUUAUAGUAAAACCAACAAACACGGAUACGAAGGCCGUGUUUCUGCCAGUUCUGAACAGCCUGAAGGAAUACCCAUGCAUCUACUUCCCAACAAAGAAACAGAUACACAGAGUGAAAGAAAGUCACUGAAUUUUAUCCGUAAACAUUGACCGCGGGUUUUCACGCAUCUGCGAACCUAGUGUUUUCAUUGAGCCCGUUUUGAAGAUUCGUGCUAUAUCUUAUUUUCAUUGACAAAACCUCGUAAAAUGGAAAGAAUACUGAAGGAAGAAACUGUUUAUACAAUUCACAUGGCUAGAAUUAUUCCCCUGGCUUUACAACUAACAGACGCAAGGCAAAUCAUUCAGGUAUAUAGUGAAGUACAAAUUAAUAUUUUCGCACACAUGGUGAAUAUUUUGCGCAAAUGAUGCUGUAUAGUUAGUCUAAAGUGUUUAACAUUUCUUAUGUUUUAGAUGAUUUGUGGUUGUAAAAAGGCUAUCUCCUGUUAAGUUAGUUUCUUGUCCAGAGCAUCUUGUCAAUCUUGAGAUUGAAAUAAAGACAACAAUUCAGCAUGCCUUGACCUAGUUUCGUCAAGACUUCUGAUGACAUUUUGAGAGGAACGAUGCCAUUGGAAUUAUAUUCAGUCAUAUCAAUAAUACAUAUUGCAUAGUAUAAAGUAACAAUAAAUAUAAUAUAUAAUACAAUAGUAUAAUAUUGCACUGAUACGCUAUUAUGUGAGAAAUAUAUUUGUGCACAAAACAUGAGGAAUGCGACUUAACUGGUUACUUUGAAGAUUAAUAUAAUUUACAGUAUAUGUGAUAUUGCACAGUGGCACAAUUUUGACUCAAUGGUUAACUGACUCAGUCACAAUCUGCCUAAUCCAACUACAGUCGACCGCUUUUCUGCCCAAACGUAAGGGAGCUGUGUCUUUGUUGUUGGAAAUUAUUUUCUUCUGUUUUCCCAUCCAGACCAAGUAAAACUAUAGCCAUCAAUCAACCUCGUUCCCAGGGCUUCAGUGUGAGGACGAGGCGAGACACGAGGAAGCCCUGGUCCGGGCCGGUCAAUUUUGCAUUCUGAUUGGCUAACACCAUAUUGUCUAAAAAUAACUGAACUUGACAGUUGACAAUAACAAUUCAACAUUUGUAUUUUUAUACGAUUCUUGUGUGUACGAGUAUGUUUUCCAAAAUAAUCUUUCAAAGUAAGACGUUUUCCCGACUGCAUGAUUUACUUUCGCCUCUGCCGGUUACAAAACUCGAAAGCCGUGUCGAAGUGAGCUGUGAUGUUUCCUGACAAAACAAGAAACGUCUACUAUUAUUUAAGCUGUAGUUUUCCUUGUACAGUAUUUAUUAAUGCAGAUAUCUGUCUGAUGAAAUACAACGCGUAUUCAUUGUAGUAAUAUUUUAAUUGACAAUAUUCUGUACUGACAAAUAAAAGCAAGACAAACAAUUAAAUGAAACUACUAAAUUAAUUUAGGCCCUAUUUACUUAAUAGCUCUACGCCUAGGCCGAUGUAGUCUCCACAAGAUUCGCACGCCACCCAGUUUUUCAGUUUCAGAAUACCCCGAAUACUAUACGAUAAAAUAAAACAAAGAUUGUGAAGGGGAUAAAAUUUGUAGGCAAGCAUUGCUCCUGAACGGCAAGUGUUGGUGUCCGGCGAAACAAGCGAACCGUAUAUUCCUGUACAGCGUAAACAGGUUACGCGAGGUUUUAUCACUUAUUCCCCGACAAGAUGUAUUCAUUUGUCUUUAUAGAACUAAGUCAGAUCUAUAAGAGCAUAUUUAAACUAAAUAUUAAUUAAUUAUAGCAAUAGCCAUAUUGUUCAAGACGAGAGAUAGGAAAUUUCGUGUGAAUCACCACUUGCAUGGAGACGCCUAGAUGCAGCUUGGAUGCAGAGCUUUGCCUGUAGUUGAAAAUCUCCAGAAAUAUCGGUAUAUCUUAGAAAACAUAGACGGGAUCUUCAAAGAUUUUAGCUGAUUCGUGCCAAACUUCGCUCUACACAUAAAUAAUAUCGAUUGAGAAGUCUUUCGGCUAUUUAUUUGUUUCAAAGACUUGUAUAUUUCAUUAAAGAAUAUCUCGCCACUCCUUGACGAGUAGCUGUCAAAUACUGCCAUUUUUUGACGUCACGUGACCGGCCCGGACCAGGGCUUCCUCGUGUCUCGCCUCGUCCUCACACUGAAGCCCUGGGAACGAGGUUGGCCAUCAAUAGAACCACAGCCCGUAAUUGCCAAUUACACCUAUCGCUAUCUAUUAAAAACAAAAUCAAAAUCAUUUUGAGUAGUGCGAAUUAUUACUAUUAGGCUAUGAAUAUGCUUGUGUUUAUAAACAUUAUUAUAUUUUUUGUCACGCACAAUCCAGUUUAUAAUAAAUAUUAAGUUACACACACCAGAUGUGUUCAAACAAAUCAGACACAAUACCACAUACAUGCAAUAAAAAGGUCUGCUUACCACUAAUUUUACAGGUAAUGUACCAUCGCUUGAUUGCUCCAACACAGUCACAGAUGGUAGUUGCCUAUCUGCAGCGGCGUUAUAUAAUUUCUCUAUCACUUCGUCUAGUGACGCUGUAUAAAAGCUGUUAGGCAACUGGUUCAUCAUCGUAUUUCAAAGCCGACUUAGCCGAGUCCAUACUCGUUGACUUCCAGAUAUAGUAUAAGUACUGACCCUAUUAUCUGAAUCUCUAACCGUCAUUUCGCCGUCAAAUAAACAAUAAGAUAUAGCACUUGUUCUUCGAUUUUUAAAAAUCAGUUAUCUGUGCCAUAAACAAGUGAAAUAGACAAAAAUUCCACUGCAAUAUGUUGACGCGCCAUAUAAUUUACUACAAAUACGACCUUCAUAUCUUCGUUUCCGUUCAUCUUAUGACGUCACACGGCAUCAAUAUGGCGACGGAAAAGUUCGCACGGGAUAACCAACUUCAGAGGUUAAAUUUGGCAACUUCUAAGCAUCGCAUAAUGGUCAAAUAUAUAUGAAAAUGCUUCUAAAAGACUGAAUUUUUAUUUAAGCUGAAAAAAACUAGGUCCAAAAAUUCGCUGCAGUAGCACAAUAAAUAAUUUAAUUGGGCCCGCAAGUUAGCUCAUUAUUACGCAUUCAGAAUAUAUCACGAAGGAAACAUUAAAUUACUAAAGCAAAAAUUUAGCUCCAAAACAACAAAUUUUAAAUCGAAAACGUUAAGAAGCACUUCUUACAAAGGCAUGGACAAAAUUUGAUUGAAAUUGUACACAUUUAACUCCUAAACGACAAAUUUAAGAUUGAAAAUGUUAAAGAACACAUCUUUAUACAAAGGUAUGGACAAAAUUUGUACAAAUUGCAGUCAAAUUUUGCCCAUACCUCUGUAAGAAGUGCUUCUUAGCAUUUUUCAUUUAAAAUUUGUUGUUUUGGGGCGAAAUUUUUACUUUAGUAGUUCAAUUUUUCCUUCGUGCACAGAUUGGAAUUUUAAAUUAUCUAUAUAUUGUUUGAAACAAAAAUGUAAACAAAACACGCGCAUGAGGAGAACGGACUUGACAGCCUCUUUAAAUUAAUGCAUAUAAUCAUAUUCAUAUGUUUAACGAUACCAAAAAUUUUUAAAUAACUUCCCAUGCAUAAAAUUAGAUUCAAUUGUAUGUACGCACCAUAGAUAUCUUAUAUACACUAGAUAGUGCAUCUAAUUAUUCUACAAUUCAAAAAUUGAAGCCAUGAUUGCAGACUCAGGAUAUUCCCAUGAAAUGAGAAGAUUCGUGUUAAACCUAUUCCAAAUACAUUUUCAAAUUAUUCAAAUGAUGAAAGUUUUGUUGUUUUUUAAGCGUUUAUUAGCGAGUGGGAAACUUCAACAUGGCCGCCAUCUAUUCAAAUGGGGGUAACCGCUGGAAUAUUCUUGGCUUCAAUUUUACUAAAAGAGAUGCACUAUCUAGUGUAUAUAAGAUAUAUAUGAGGCAACCCAUGGGUUCAGUAUAGGACAGAGGAAUUCGGUUUUUUAUACACCCUGUGUAGGGUGUUCCAAAAAAGUGACACUAUAGAAAUUAUCCUAUUGUUAUAAUUUUAAUGCCUGAGCACUGCUGAACACAAGAGUGCAUAAACACAAUUGAAUUGUUAAUUAUACCAGGCGCAUGAAAUAUUGUGGUUAACAACAAUAGGAUAAUUCCUCAAGUAGACUUGCCACAAGUCGACCUCGAACGAAACGCUGCUCGCAUUUCGUUCGAGGUCGACUUUUGGCAAGUCUAACCCUCGAGCUGCUCUAUUUACUGUUCGGAGUACUCCGGAUUUUCGGAACACUAAUGGGAAUGGAACACGUUGAAAAAGCAUACUUAGAUAUACAAGUAACAGCAAUCAUUAUACGAUUUAUUAUGCAAAUACUAAUGAACGCAUAAUACAAUAACACGCACGCAUAUAUAAUAAACUAAACACGCAUAUAUAAUAAACUAAACACUUGCACGCAUAUAUAAUAAACUAAACACUGCUCCAGAGUCCAGAACACCGUAUGCACUCCAUUUCAUAUCGUUCGACUCGUUCCAGAAUAGUGUUCCAAAUGUUCUAGAACAGUAAAUGGAGCAGCCUGCCUGUAUAACAAGACACUUAUGUCUGUUCCCUCGGAAAAUAGUUUGUUUUGUUUCUCCUCAAAGCUCAAUGUUGUUUUUUUUCGAGACACCGAAACUCUGGGGAAAACAAAACUGUGUCCUUUGGGUGCAGAAAUUAAGUGUAUAAUACCUUCCACUAUUGCACUCAUAAACAUGCAUUUUUGUAUAAUCUCUCACACAGAUUUUUAAUGGUCAAAACGGUGAUCGUAUUAGUGCAGAAGAUUUUGUACUGUUAUUCGUAAACGACGGUUUAAAACAGGGUGAUCAAGUCCUUGAGCAAACACGGAAGUUAAAAGACAAAGGCGUGCAUGUCAUCAUUAUUGGUUUAGGAAAACCUGCAGAUUUGUACGAAAAAAUGGCGUCACACCCAAGUGAUGUAAACUACCUAGAUACUGUGUUAUUGAAGCAUAUUGUGGGGGAUCUGACCGCUAUAACUUGCAGAAAGGUGAAGUGUGAAGAUAAUGAAGUUGAAAAGAAUCAGAAAGGUAAAUAUAAUAGUGAAAGUCAACGCAAAACGCGGAAUGGAUGCGGAAGUAGCUAAAGUCAACGCAAAACGCGGAAUGGAUUGCGGAAGUAGCUAGUGUAUAUCAUAUUAUUUAUUAAAUUAAAGACCGUUUAGGAUUGAACAAUAGGCAAUUCCAGCUUUUAGUUUAUGCGUGCAGGGGACGAUGGGAAGUAAGGUAUCACAUUGCUGAUUAUGCUGAAGAAAUAAAAAUGGUGGCCGUGUAAACACGGAGUGAUAGCUUAUACUUGCAAAUAUUGAAAUAUUUUGGUUGUUUUGUUAGUUUUUAUUGAAAUUUUUCAGCAUAAUCAGCAAUAUGAUACCUUACUUCCCAUCAUCCCCUGCAGGCAUAAACUAAAAGCUGGAAUUGCCUAUUACGAAGGAGAGGCGCUCUCAAAGUGGAGCAGGGUGCCAAGACGUGGGGGUAACAUGGAGUGAAGGGUGCAACAAGAUAAACAUGGAAAAUUGCAGUAUUUAUUCAACAAAGAUUUGUUGAAGAAAGCCCCUAACUUGAAAUAAAAGACCCUGUUAUACCAAUUAUCUUUUUCAUGACGUACGGAGGAACACAAAUGACAUACAGAUCAAAUACUAAAAUCAUUGCCAUACCAUUUUAACCCUACAGUUUCAAACAACUUUCCAUGUUAUGAUUCUGAAAUUUGCAAAAUUAUUGUGAGGUGAGUCCCUCUUCGAAAUCGACCAACCUCGUACCCAGGUUCUCAACCUUCGCUCCUAUGUGACCCGUCAUAUUUUGGCGGAUUUGCUCAAUUGUUUUUAGGGAAAGUAUAGUAAAAGAGAUGUUUUUUCUGUAAUGUUAUUUUAACAAUAUUAAUAUUAACUACAAUAUCUACUUACUAUACUUUCCCUAAAACAAUUGAACAAAUCCGCCAAAAUAUGACGCGUCACGUGACCAGCCGAUACCAGAGUCUCAAUUCAAGCGAGGUAGGAACAAAGAUUGAGAACCUGGGUACGAUGUUGCCAAAUCGACAUGGAAUUGGUUGCAAGAGGGCUCCACUGAAAAUCUCCCCUCCUCUACACCACUUAUUAUAUUUAUGUAUCAUAAUUCUAAUACUAUCAUUAAUGCUAAACCCAACGCUAAUCCAUCGCAUUCGUCUGCUAUUCGGCGCAACCAUGCAUCCUUUUCCAUUCACUGUAUCAUUUAAAUCCUGCCGCCGGACUGACUUUAAUAAGAAUUUUGAACGUAAAAUGUUUUUGGCAUGAGCGAGCCUGUAGCCUGCGGGCUUCGAAACGACUGUGUCCUUUUGUACUGGUAUUGACCAGUGGCUUUGUCACGAUAAUCAACACUUAAUGACUGGAACCAAGAAAAAUCGUUUGUUUUGUAUAUCGUGGACCGAAAGUGAAAUCCAAGGGAACAUUGGCCACCGCUCAGAGCUGUUGCCACGAAUUGUAUAUCAUGACUUUCACGUAAUUCGCUCUCGUCCAAUGAGAGUUCUAGAAUACAUGAACUUCGACAUUUGGAAAAAAAUAAAGCAAAGUUAUUUUGAUUUUUAUAUUACCUUAGAAAACAACCGUAACUGACAACAUAAUAAAAUUUCGUUCUAGACAAACGAGAUAGCGAGAAAGAAUCACUCUGCCAGCAACGUUCUCAAGAUGUUCUCUUGAUGAUUGAUACAACAAGCGGUAUGAAGCCAUACUUUAAUAAAGCUUUGAAAUUCUUCACGAAAUUCGUGAAGAGACUCAACAUUGCAGCUACCAAAACGGAUGUUGGGUUGAUGACGUUUGGAAGGAAUAGAAAACACCUUAACAUGGAAUUCGGAAAAUAUAAAUUUGAGAACGACAUCAGCAAGAAAAUUUUGAAAACCACGCAAACGGAUAAAUGGUCCAGUCAUGUCGAUGUUGCUGGCGCUUUACAUAUGGUUAACAAACAGGUAUAUGUACGCAGAAAUGUAUCAGCAUAUUAAAACAGUUUUUAACUUUAGAGAUAAUAGAAGAAUAGAGUAGGCAUUGAGAGAAAUUGAAGCUUCGUUCUGGACGCCAAAUCCAUGUGCAAAAACUAAGAAAAGUUAUUUUUCAUCAUUUGGCUUCAGUUCGAAUAUUGUAUUCCCUAAUAGAACUGAGUUUAUUGAAGUCUUCACAUUUCGAUAUUUCCAGUUAAAUGAGAAAUGUUGAGCUUUUUUAAAUAAAUUACUGAACAACAGUCAUGUUUUCGCUCGCUACUCAGUUUUUAAGCAAAUGAAUGCAAAGCCCAGUCGAAUUACAUUCACAACCCACCCUAGAAUAUAUAAAAAGCCCAUUUUAACUUCAGAUCACCCCUGAGGAAGACACUAGCUGGAGUCAAGAAGUGUCGAAAUGUUAGGUAGUGAAUGUAAUUCGAUUGGGCAUUGCCUUCAUUUGUUUAAAAUCAGAGUAGCGAGCGAAAACAUGACUGAUAUUAUACCUGUUUCCUGUGAACUCACAAGCUUCAAAAAUUACAGAACAAGUUGAUUUAAGAACUCACACCUACUCUUAAAAGGAAAGCAGUGACAAGUGCAUAUUUUUAGGAAAUUUAAUAUUUUUCAAUCUAUAGAUAUUCAACACCUCAACGGGAGGACACCGUAAGGGAUCCCCCGACCUCAUAUUCAUUGCAACUCGCGGUAAGGUAUUGGACCGAUAUAAAAUACAAAAACAAAGUAAGAUGCUCAGGGCUAAAGGAGUUCGAAUUGCAGUAUUAGAUGUUGGUUUCAAAACUCCAGCGAUCGAUUAUCUUAAUGCUAUUCACGAUAUGGUUUCCGGAGCAAAAGAUAUAUACCCGAUGGACUUCAGAAAAGCUAGCACCAUCUCACAAGCUCUGCUGGAUGUGAAGUGUAAAGUGGAGGAAAAAACAGGUUUGUAUUAACAAACUACAUCAUGCCUGAAAAGCUGUGUCAUCAUCACUGCAAAUAUAAAUAAUUAUAAUUAUUAUACAUUCAAGCUUUACUCUCGUCUCUGAUUGGUCAACACUCCCGGCUAAUUUCUAAUUUGCUAUUGCUGUCACGUUAUUUCAGCUGCUGACGUGUCAGCCUGCAAUAAUAUUUUUUGGACAUGUGUUCGGUUGCAAGAAAUAAUUAUUGGACGCUGUAGAGCCCAAACCCCCAGCUCGGUCGGUAAAUUGUCUAAAAAGCCGAAACCAAAUGGUUUGCAGUAGGUAUACGCUUUUUUAAAGUUUGCUAGCCAAUGUUAACCAAUCAAAAUCGCGUAAUUUAAAGUUAAUUAACUACUAUGUUACCUGCAAAUUAGUUGUUAGUCUUGUUAAAAAGAAGUUAAAGUUUCACAUAACAGGUUUCUGAAAAUCAGCUCAAAUCACCACUAUAUUUGCCCAUGAUUACCCAUGAACGAGUAUUGGGGCAGUGUUACACUCUCCUCCCCCCUCCACACACACACAAACACCCGAUCGCUAUCAUAGAGAUUAUAAAUAACACUAGGGGGGGGGGGCAUCGUAAUCUUAAUUCAGUCAAAGAAAGGGAACGUGGCUAAUGGGGGGGAAAAAUUAAAAUGCUAAAAUAAGAGCGAGUUUGAGCCAAAAUAUCCGUGUUAUUUAUAAUCACUAGGGUCGCUACCGUAUCGAAGCUUGGUUAAAUAGAUUAUAAUGCUUAUAUGAUCGAUCUUUCCACCUCCAGUAUUAUUUUUUUCUAGUUUCUCCACAGUGUUUCUCACGAUCGCGUAAAGUCUUCUUCAUGUUGGACAGGUCGCAGAACCUGACUUACAGUGAACUGCCCAAAGUCAUUACAUUCAUUAAAGAUAUUGUGAAGAGAUUGUAUACCGACCCCAAUAACAUUGAAGUUGGCUUAAUGCACUACAGUGAUAUACGUACGGCAAGAUAUCCAUUGAUGUUGAGAAAAUGGUCGUUAAAAGUUGCCUUGGAUAGAAUAGAAUAUCUAAGAUACCGAUCAGGAAGAAAAAAUUUCUUGGGGUAUGCCCUGAAGACUGUCAGAAAGGUAUGAACCAUGUCUGAAAUGUUUAGAUGUCAUUAA